GCUCAGUUCAAACAAACCCAUUUUAGACUGGAUUAUUUUCAAAUGUUGUAGGCUAUUUUAACGUCGCUGCUGCGUCAGUUUGGCCUCAUUACAUAAAAGAAUCGAGUCGCCAAAUUAUUUAAUGUUAUGUAUUAUAUAUUGUAAUUAUAAAGGUAAUGUAACGUGUCGUGUGUAACACACGCACAAUGCAAAUUCUGUCGAUGAUGUUCCCUCGCGAGACUCGGGUCUGUGGGCGCGUAGCUAAAUAACAGAAUUGCCUCGCGCAGAUGCUCCCCGUGACCAUGAAUCACGCCCCGAAACCCUCCACCGCAACUAUAUUCAGACCCCACGGACACGUUUUGUCACACGCUUGAAAGACGUUAAAUUCAGCAGCAGCGUGGAAACAUGACUCGCGUGAUCAGAUUAAAGCUACACUGUGGAUGCUUCACGCGCGCCGUCAUUUACAUGGAAGUCCCUGAAAAGCAGCAAACAGGCUGAGAGGAGUUCAGAAACACACAGAAAAAGAGUGAGAGAGGGCUUGAGUGCAUGGAGAUGUGAAGAACAUGAAUGAAAGAGAGCAAGACAGUUUAUUCCUGCAGUGCAGCUGACAGGUGUGUUUAAGGCGCUGGGGCGUGGCAGCAUGCGAUCUCCCCGAGCGUGAUAGUUCCCCCUGGAGGUCACAGGAUGCCGGUGCAGGCAGCUCAAUGGACUGAGUUUCUAUCCUGCCCCAUCUGCUACAAUGAGUUUGACGCCUGCAGCCACAAGCCCAUCAGCCUGGGCUGCUCGCACACCGUCUGCAAGACCUGCCUGCACAAACUGCACCGCAAGGCCUGUCCUUUCGACCAGACAGCCAUUAGCACUGACAUUGAUGCGCUGCCUGUCAACUGUGCCCUCCUGCAGCUGGUGGGGGCGCCGGUUCCGGAGGGAGAGAUCGUAAGUGUGGGCAGUGCUGAAGACACGAGGCAUUAUGAAGUGUGCAGGAUGUGUGUGGAGGAGCUGGCUCUGUAUCUCAAACCAAUCAGCGGAGGAAAAGGUGUAGUGACCCUCAGUCAGAGCGCGCUCAGUAGACCCAUGCAGAGGAAGCUGGUGACCCUGGUGAACUGUCAGCUAGUUGAGGAGGAGGGGCGUAUGCGUGCGGUCCGGGCGUGCAGGUCUCUGGGAGAGCGCACCGUCACUGAACUGAUCCUGCAGCACCAGAACCCACAGCAGCUCUCCGCCAACCUAUGGGCCGCCGUGCGGGCACGCGGUUGCCAGUUCCUUGGACCGGCCAUGCAGGAGGAUGCUUUGAAGCUGGUGCUGCUGGCUCUGGAGGACGGCUCGGCUCUCUCGCGGAAGGUUCUGGUGCUGUUCGUGGUGCAGAAACUGGAAGCGCGGUUCCCCCAGGCGUCUAAGACCAGCAUUGGUCACGUGGUUCAGCUGCUGUACCGUGCCUCCUGCUUUAAGGUGACCAAACGUGAUGAAGACUCCUCACUCAUGCAGCUCAAAGAGGAGUUUCGCACUUACGAAGCCCUGCGCCGCGAACACGACGCUCAGAUCGUUCACAUCGCCAUGGAAGCGGGACUGCGGAUCUCACCCGAGCAGUGGUCGUCUCUGCUGUACGGGGAUCUCAUGCACAAAUCUCACAUGCAGUCCAUCAUAGACAAGCUUCAAUCCCCAGAAUCCUUUGCAAAGAGCGUCCAAGAGCUCACCAUAAUCCUGCAGAGAACAGGAGACCCAGCCAACCUCAACAGCCUCAGAGCUCCUCUCGAGCGGCUGGCCGGCAUCGACCACAACCCUGAUGCGGCCGCCCCAUCCUGGGCAGAGCUGGAGAGCGUGUUAUUGGCCGUGAAGGUUGUUGUUCACGGGCUGGUGGAAUUCAUCCAAAACUUCAGCAAGAAGAGCAGUGAAAGCCCUCAGGCUCAACCCAACAGCAAGUACAAGACGAGUAUGUGCAGGGACUUACGGCAGCAGGGCGGCUGUCCGAGAGGGGCCAGUUGCACUUUUGCCCACACGCAGGAAGAGCUUGAGAAGCACAGAAUGAGGAAUAGGAAAGCAAGUGGGGUGGUGAGGCCUUUUCUGUCAGUUCCAGCAGUUAUGCCAAAAGCCAACACCAAAGGAGUAGUCCCAGGGUCAGAGGUGAAGAGCCACGAGAAAGAGGACACGUCUCCCACUCAGCUCAUCCCAAGAGGAGGAGACCACCAGGAGGAAAAAACACUCCUCAAUGGUGCUAACGGACUGCCUGCUAUCAGCCUAGAACAAAAUCCCAUCAAUCACAGUCAGUCUUCUGCGAUAGCCUUGGUAAGAGAGGUAGAGGAAGGGCUCCUUAAACACGGUCCUGUCCUUACGAGAGCUCACCCUGAGAUUUACCACUCUCAGGACCAGAGAACAUAUGACCUGUCACCCUACCACCAGCCUGCCAUUCCUCCUCACAGGUCAUGCAGUGCUCGCUUCCAUCGUUCCAGCAACGUGCCGGAGUCUAUGUUACCCCCUUCAAUGGGCCCUCUGUACUCAGAUCAGCACCCCUCUAUUCCUCCUCCGGACAGAUUAGGCCCUGGCUCUUAUGGGCCCCCCUCCACCUAUACCUCUAUGUCCCCUGCUCAGGCGCACGGCAUGUACACACCGGUCUACGACAGCAGGCGCGCGUGGAGGCCGGCGCUGUAUCCCAGGGAGGGGGGGAGAAGUAACUCUCUCCCUCCUGAGGUUUUCCAUUCCGCCGUCUACCAGCCCCCGCUCCGGGAGCGCUACAACUCGCUGGACAGCCCCUGCAGCACAGCGGAGCAGAGAGCGGCAAUGCACAGGGACGCAUAUGCCCGUGUUCCUCUUGGCUAUGAGGAACUCUAUCGCCAGAAACAGGAACAGUGGGUACAUCACCACGGCAACAUGAACAGGCCCUCCCAGUCCUCUCCAGUCUUCACUGUGGAUGUGUGUCCAGAGGUACGGCUCUGUGAUAUGGUGUUUUUAGAGCAUCCUGAGGGUGUAGGUGGUGGGCGUAUGACUUGUAAGUGUCAUGGUGGAGAAGAGAGUCUUGCCCACUAUUCGCCCUGGUCGUGCAGCACCAUCAGCCCGUUUGAGUCAGUGCCCCACCAUUUGUCAACCCACUCCUCUUCCAAACAGCUAGACGAGGAGAGUGGUGGCAAGCGGUGGCUGCACAUGUUCGAACCCUACAGGCGACUGAAAGAAGAAGAUCCCAUCAUUCCUUUUGGAGAGGGGCCCAUUAUCUCUAAAUGGGGAGCUAUCUCCCGAGCUUCCCGCACUGGCUUUCACACCACUGACCCGGUCCAGGCCACUGCAUCGCAGGGGUGCGCCAGCACCACAUCAAUCAACUUCAGAGACUAUGGCUGCCAUAUUGGUCACAACGACCUCAGAUGGGGUCCUCGUGGUUCUGAUUCCUCUAGUCACUCCAGCUUUCUAGAGAGCGAUCAGCUGGCCAUGCCCGGGCUGCAUGUAAGGCGUAGUUCCUUCAGCAGCGGGUCAAAGCAGGGCAUAGAUCUGCUGGAGAAGGAUGGGAUGGAGAGUGAGCCUGACAGAGACAUCGAGCUGGAGCUUUCCGCGCUGGACAUGGAGGACACUGAGACACAGGACUGCAACUCUGAGGACUCAAUUGAAACGCAAAGCCGCUCCCAGAACAUCCACCUCUCUGCAGUCUUCGGUGAUCCAGCAUCCAGGUCUCAGUUGGAAAACAACUUGCCUGAGAGAAUGAACAACCACCUUAUGAAGAAGAUGGCAUUCAGAAAGACCCUCUCUCCUGGAGGCCUCAAUAUGGGGAAUAUUCAGAUGAGGACGUGCUCGCCCAGGCCCGGAGACCCCCCGCGCCCCAGUCCAGGACCUGAGAUGCUGCUAAACGGGAACUGAGGCCGGCUGGACACACCACACCAGCCUUCCUCAUGUUCUAAUUCCAUGGGGUCAUGCCAAGAAUCCACCAUCCUCCUUAGGUAGAAGGUAGAGUUGCCCUUAUAGGAGUCAAUCGAGGCAGCAAGAGGCAGCCGAAAGCCUUCUGUAUUCAUGUGUUCUCUUCAUAAGAGCUAGCUAUGCCCUGUAAUUGUAAUCACUCAUCAUCCUUUCAGAGUCAGUUUGUUUUUCUUAAUCACUGCUUGUGGAUGAAUGUUCACUUUGAGUCACAACUCCACCUCAGGUAACUCUUGAUGUCAACCAAUCAGAACCCUCUCCAAGCCAGGAAACCAAUAACCCAUGUCCUCUGUACAGAAGUGAUGGUUCUCACUAGCUUUUAGCUCACUGUGGAAACCAUAAUCUACUGUAUACAAACUAUAUAGUGGACUCUUCCAGUAUAUAUCAAGAAUAACCAAGGUGCUUGGAAUCUAUAGUACUUGCAUUAUUAAUAUUAUUGCAGUGUUAGCCACUGAAAUGUUAUGUGCAUGAAUUAUUUGUUGGGCGUCAUUGUUUGAAACAACCAUUCAGUGAUCAUUGUUUAAAUGUAUGUAUAGAUUGUGGUAUAGGUCUGAUAUCUCUAAGAGACAUUUCAUAGGCAAUCAGUCAAUAUUUUGUACUACUACUAAAAAGAAACAGUUCUCCCAAAAUCUAAAAUUCUUUUAUUCUGUCUUAAUUUACUCACCUUUAAAUUGUUCCAAAACGGUAUGAUUCAAAUAAUGUAUUUUUCAUAUAAUGAAAAUAAAUGGAAACAGGCUCUCCAAAUUCAGGUGUUAUUCUACAUUCAAAUACAGUGCAUCAAGAUGUGCCUCACCAGCUUUGACAAUGUCGAUUGGUCACGAAAACGCUGGCGGAAAAAAAAACACUUAGCAAUGUUGUAGUGUAGACCAGCUCAUUUGAGUCUGAGUCCAGGCCAAGACCUGAGUAGAAUGAGUCUGUGUCAAGAGCAAGACUAGAAGAGCCCAGAGUUUUAGUCAAGACAGAGACCAGAAGAGGGUCAAACCCGAGUCAAGAACAAGACCAGAAGAGGGUCAAACCCGAGUCAAGACAGAGACCAGAAGAGGGUCAAACCUGAGUCAAGACAGAGACCAGAAGAGGGUCAAACCCGAGUCAAGACCGAGACCAGAAGAGGGUCAAACCCGAGUCAAGACAGAGACCAGAAGAGGGUCAAACCUGAGUCAAGACCGAGACCAGAAGAGGGUCUAAACCAGAGUCAAGACAGAGACCAGAAGAGGGUCAAACCCGAGUCAAGACCGAGACCAGAAGAGGGUCAAACCCGAGUCAAGACAGAGACCAGAAGAGGGUCAAACCUGAGUCAAGACCGAGACCAGAAGAGGGUCAAACCUGAGUCAAGACAGAGACCAGAAGAGGGUCAAACCCGAGUCAAGACCGAGACCAGAAGAGGGUCUAAACCA